CGUUGCAAAGGCUGUUGGGAGACGGGCCUAGUGCGACGUUCGCGCAGCGGAGCGAGAGAGAAAGAAAGAAAAGCGAUUAGAUAGAGAAGGAACUGCUCGAUCGCGUGUGAGAGAAAAAAAAAACACAGACUGACUCCCACAGAAACCGAGCACAGCCUCCCUCGGGGACCCUGCAUCAUGUCCACCUCUGUGGUCCAGGUCACUAACAUCUCCCCGGUGGCCAGUAGCGAGCAGCUGACCACUCUCUUCAGCUUCCUGGGAGAGAUCGACGAGUUCCGCGUCUUCCCUUCCGACAAUUCGCCUAUUCCAGUUUCGUCAAGGGUAUGUUACAUUAAAUAUCACGAUCCUGUGAGUGUUGGUGUGGCCCAGCAUCUAACAAACGUGGUUUUUAUAGACAGAGGCCUGAUAGUUGUACCCUUCAGUGAAGGUAAAAUUCCAGAUGAAGCCAAAGCCUUGUCCCUUUUGGCUCCUUCUACAGGAUUGAUGCCUGGUGCAGGGUUGCUCCCAGCCCCAACAUCAACCCCCCUUGUUUCCAUUACUACAGUUGACGCAGUUGCGAGUACAAUGGGAGCUGUGGUUGGUUCUGUCCCUUUUACUACACUGGGAGCACUACAAGCUGGACUUGAUCCCACUCUUACAGCUUUAGGAAUAAACUCUCAACCUCCAACAAUGGGAAAUGUGGACCCUUCCAAGAUUGAAGAAAUCAGAAGAACAAUUUAUGUUGGAAACUUGAACUCACAGACCACAACAGCAGAUCAGCUACUAGAAUUUUUCAGCCAGGUGGGUGAGGUGAAGUUUGUACGUAUGGCAGGAGAUGAGACGCAGCCAACCCGAUUUGCCUUUGUUGAAUUUGCUGAGCAGUCUUCUGUACUACGAGCCUUGGCCUUCAAUGGAGCCAUGUUUGGGGACAGGCCUUUAAAGAUCAAUCAUUCUAAUAAUGCGAUUGUGAAGCCUCCUGAGAUGACACCACAGGCUGCUGCCAAAGAGCUUGAAGAAGUGAUGAAGAGAGUGAGAGAAGCCCAGUCCUUUAUAUCAGCAGUUAUUGAACCAGUUGGGGAAAAGGAAAGUGAUGAGAAAAACAGAAGAUCCCGAUCCUAUUCCCGAUCGAGAAAGAAAAGAUCUCGUUCCAGUUCAAAACAAAGAUGUUCCAGGAGUAGGUCGCAACAGAGAUCUCCCUCAAGACACAAAGACAGGUGUGAUUCUAAGAGUCCUCAUACAAAGCGUUCACGAUCAAAAGACAGGCGCCGAUCAAAAAGUUGUUCGCCAUCAAGGGAAAAGAAAGUGGAAAGUGACAGUAAAGUGAAAGAAGAAAACAAAGAUGGAGAUGGAGAUUAUGGGAAGAAGAAAGAAAAGAAGUCCAGCACUCCGCCAGGAAGAAACAGCUCAUCUAGGAGAUCCCGGAGUUCAAGCAAAGAAAAAUAUCGAAAGAAAAGCAGGAGUUUAUCAAGAAAAAGAUCCAAGUCACCAAGGAAGAGGUCCAGGUCUCCGAGAAGGAGGUCCCGGACACCAAAGAGGAGGUCCAAGUCGCCGAGGAGGAGGUCCAGGUCACCAAGGAGGAGGUCCAGGUCGCCGAGGAGGAGGUCCAGGUCGCCGAGGAGGAGGUCCAGAUCACCGAGGAGGAGGUCCAGGUCGCCGAGGAGGAGGUCCAGGUCACCGAGGAGGAGGUCCAGGUCUCCGAGAAGGAAGUCCAGGUCACCGAGGAGGAGGGUUUCCAGAUCGCCGAGGAGGAGAUCCAGGUCACCAAGGAGGAGGUCCAGGUCACCGAGAAUACGGCCAAGGACACCAAAAAGAAAGUUUUCCAGAUCUCCAUCUCCAAGAAGAAAUAAGAAAGAGAAAAGAAAAGACAAAGACAGAGGACACAGCAGAGAUAGAGUUGAGAACAGAGAAAAUUCAAGCAGCCAGAGCCAGGAUAAGAACAAACGGGAUCAUUCUACCUCCAAGAAGAAGAAAGACAAGGAAAAAGAUGGCAAAAUCAAGCUGGAUAAAACAGAUAUCAAGAUCGAAGGUGACUGCAAUAAUGAACAAGCGUAUAAUAAUGAUAAAAAUAAAGAAAACACUGAAACCAGUAGUGAAGUCUUGGUCAAUGUUAAAGAAAAUGGUGACCAUAACAUAGUUCACCAAAACACAGAAGAAGAAAAGAAGUCUGAAAAUACCCCUUUAGUUAAUGCUGAAGAGGAAAACGGAGAAAAAACAGACACAUUAUCUACAGACUUAAAUGAUAAGCAGAACAAGUCUGUACCUUCAGCUGAGGUAGAAUGUCCUUAGCAGUUUGACCUAAUUAUACAUCUGUGUGGCAUUAUCUUUGAUGGAUCCCACAAUUGGGUGCUUCAUCAAUCUUUUAAAGCUGAUGAUGGAAGAAAUCUGUAACGAAAAACUUAACUGCGUUCGUGCAUGAACCAGUGAGCAUAGAAUGAAUGAAUGGAUGGAUGAGUAAUGUCACUCAGACUGAAAAUGACAAAGUAGUGCCUUUGUCAUAAAAGGAUUUGUAAAUAUAUGUACUACUUUGUUUAAACUCUCACAAAACACACAUUUGCCUUCACAGAAUGUUGUUAAGUCUGUAAGUUGCCAGUACAUUAUUUUGCUAGUGUUAAUGAGGGGAGGGAACAGUGUCAUGCUUAAAUAACAAUUUCUUCAUCUAGAGUUUUUUUUCCACUCCUUGCAGUUGUAGACUUGGCCAUUUGCAGAUGUAUUGAUACAGACAGAUGAAAUAUAGAAAAAUACACAGUUGGAUAGAAUAAGAUUUUAUUGCAGAGUGCAAGUUUUCCAGGAGAAAUAAAAUUAAUGAUUCCAAACUCUGAAUUUUUCUAUUUGUACGAUAUAGCUUUGGCAAGUAAAUGAAAUCAAGCACUCUUAUGUAUAUGCAUCACAGAUAGGAAGAGGUUUGUGAUUUGAUAAGUAAUGAUGUUACAGUGGUACCAGUGCUUUCACUGAAAUUAUAGAGUUACUAUUCAAUUUAUUCACGAUGGCUUUUUAAUUACUUUAGAAGAUUGGCUUAUUUGCUUUGAUUUAAGAUGUUAAGAUUUAACAGAAUGAAUCAGAUUCUAGUGUUGCUAUAAAUCACUUUAUUACUGAAAGCUUUAAACUAUGGUCACGUUUGUUGUUAUUUUUGUGUGUGGGCUGUCAUGCACUGGAAUCUUACUGAUUACAGAUAAACUAAUGAGUUUGUGAACAAAGAUUCCAAAACUAGACGUGAGGAUGUGACUCAUUAUUAGCUAAGCAGACAGAGCUCCUGCAAUGACUUUAGUGAGGUAAAUGCAUCAUUUAGUGAUGCCAAGCUAUAAUGAUCUGGAAGAUCCAAUAUCAGUUUAUGCAGAAUUAGCUGAAAUGGCGGUUGGGUUUGACAGCUUCUAAGCUGUGGAAUAGGAAGGGGAACAAGCAGGCAGAGCUUCUGGUUUUAAAUACUAUCAGUGAUCCUUGCAAGAAAUUGAGCAGGUGCAAAUUGUAAAUGAGGAUAAGGUUCAACUUGGCAGCUCAUAAGUCUACAAUUGCUGACGCUCAUGGAAGCUCAUGCGUAAGGAUUGGCUACAACAAGUAUAGAGGCUACAUGAGUUAGAGUACUGGAGGACUCUUGGUGUCUGAACUAUACCUUGCAUGACCCACCACGUUAAGAAGAGAGAUAAAAAUCGAACAGAUAAAAUAAGCAGUGGUGUAAUCUAAUUCUACAUUUUAACCCAAUAUAUUUAACAAAGCAAUAUAGUGUUGUAGUAUAGCAAGAAAGCAUUAUCUCAACCUCUGAAUUUUUAGGCAAAAGCACUGUAACAUAGUGAAAAACAUUUAUAUAUAGUUAAUGGAACACUUCCUGAAAAUAUUACUCGCUCUUCUACUUAUGUAAUUUUCAGUGGCAGUUGACUGUUUUGCUCUAAUAAUAGGGGCGCGGGGGCUGGGGGAGGAUCAAGCUUGCCCUAUUUUAUGGCCCAGUACAGUGCAACUGAUAAACAAUCUGCUCUAAGGCCAUAAUUUGUCUAGGUCAUAAUAAUGUAAUUCUAAACUAUUGCUGGAUUUAUUUGACUGAGUAGGAAUCUGCUAACAUCUUUUCCAUAAUUGACUGCUUUCCUGCCAAAGAAAAUGGAGAAUUGAACUCUUAUUUCAGAAGCUAAGACCUAUAAUUGAGUCCAAGUACUGUACCAUGAUAUACUAUACUUAUCAAUACAAGAGUAAGUCUUGUUAAACUUAACACACUACCAUUCAUAGUUCAAAUAACCUUUUCCUCUCAUUUCUACAGAAUGCCACAGGGCACAUUAUUUCUUCGUUGAUCUAACAAUACAGAAGUUAAUAAUGUCUGUUUUCUUUUGCCAAUGGUUCAUGUCUGUUAAAUAAGCUCCAUUUAUUGCAUACUGCUUACAUUUUGAAGGUGCGUUGUGUUAGGAGGGUGAGGUAUUUACUGACAUUUUGGAAUAUUUAGCACGUGUAAGGCUCUGACAGUCUGCAAAGAUGCUAUUUGUACAUUGUGUUAAACUGUGAAGUGCAAUUUUCUAUUAAAAGUUUAUAGUACAAGAAGAACCAUAAUACAAAACUUGCAAAUUGGCUAGUUGCUAAUUACAGUCUAUUUCAGAAAAUGCAACUGAAUUCAUCUUUGUGGCACUAAAGAUUGUUGUGUGAUAUCCAUUUUACAAAUAGUCACGGAUUGCUGUGAUUAUUUAGUCCAACUGUUCCCUUUUAAUCGUUAUAAAAUUAAUAACUAUAGUUAAACUAUUAAUAAAAGGACAAUUGGUUGAACAGCUCUUGUUUUCCCUCUUACAACAUGGCUUAAUUUGAUUACUGUACUUGUAAUGUCUUUGGAAUCAUGUUUUUAAUGAUAUUGGUUAAGGAAAUAUCUUUUGGGAAAGAUGGGAACUGUGACAAA